AAACUACUUCACUACAUAUGCUGAGGCUGAUACCUAGAGAACAGCUGCAACUGGCAUAUAUACUGAACAAGGUAGAUAGGAGAGAAGAAGCUAGGAGGUGGAUUGCUGUAGAGCUUUAUAGCUAGGUUCAAGAUGAGGGGCUAGACAUUUUUUGGACCAGAGGGAUUGUAUAUUCUUUGUUUGUAUCUGCUAGGAUAUUAUAUAGCCUCAGAACUGUAGGAUAUCACAGCAUAGAUUGACUGCUGUAGGAUACUGCCAUGUCGGGAGUUAAAGGCAAAGGAACCCCAGGAGCCGCCUCUGACCAAAAUGGAGAGAAUAAGGUUGGGCCAACUGAAUGUACCGGACAGCCUGACCAAGCAGUGAACAUGGAUGAGGUAGAUGCUCGCCUCGGUCACCCGGCCAACUAUGGCUGCUCCGCCAAGGAGCUCAGUCAGUUGAUGGCUGUGCGUGGCCAUGAGGCCGUCAAUGCAAUCAAGGAACGCUAUGGCAGUGUAGCAGAGCUUUGUAAAAGAUUGUAUACUAAUCCAAAUGAAGGUUUAAAUGGUUCCCCAGUAGAUUUGGAUCACAGACGCCAAGUGUUUGGUACCAAUGUUAUCCCUCCUAAGCCCCCUAAGACAUUUCUUCAGUUAGCUUGGGAGGCUCUUCAGGACAUCACCCUCAUCAUCCUUCUUGUGGCAGCAUUGAUAUCACUGGGCCUUUCCUUCUACCAUGGACCAGAGGAUGAGGGUGAAGGCUCAGAGUCAGAGGCGAAUUGGAUAGAGGCUGUGGCCAUUUUAGUUGCUGUUAUUUUAGUGGUCCUUGUUACUGCUUUCAAUGACUGGAGGAAAGAGAAGCAGUUUCGCGGACUGCAGAACAAAAUAGAAGGCGAGCACAAGUUUGCUGUGAUAAGAAAUGGUGAGGCCGCAAACAUCCCUGUUGGAGAGCUGGUAGUUGGAGACAUUUGUCAAGUCAAAUAUGGUGAUCUCUUACCAGCAGACGGUAUCAUCAUCCAGAGUAAUGACCUCAAGGUGGAUGAAAGUUCCCUGACAGGCGAGUCUGACCAUGUGAAAAAAGGAGAAGAAAGAGAUCCAAUGUUACUUUCAGGCACUCAUGUGAUGGAGGGCAGUGGGAAGAUGCUGGUGACAGCAGUGGGCAUUGCCUCCCAGGCUGGCAUCAUCUUCUCUCUACUGGGGGCAACCCAUGAAGGGGACAGUAAGGAUAAAAAGAAAAAUAAAAACAAGGAUGGGGAUCAAGGUUUAAAUGGUUCCCCAGUAGAUUUGGAUCACAGACGCCAAGUGUUUGGUACCAAUGUUAUCCCUCCUAAGCCCCCUAAGACAUUUCUUCAGUUAGCUUGGGAGGCUCUUCAGGACAUCACCCUCAUCAUCCUUCUUGUGGCAGCAUUGAUAUCACUGGGCCUUUCCUUCUACCAUGGACCAGAGGAUGAGGGUGAAGGCUCAGAGUCAGAGGCGAAUUGGAUAGAGGCUGUGGCCAUUUUAGUUGCUGUUAUUUUAGUGGUCCUUGUUACUGCUUUCAAUGACUGGAGGAAAGAGAAGCAGUUUCGCGGACUGCAGAACAAAAUAGAAGGCGAGCACAAGUUUGCUGUGAUAAGAAAUGGUGAGGCCGCAAACAUCCCUGUUGGAGAGCUGGUAGUUGGAGACAUUUGUCAAGUCAAAUAUGGUGAUCUCUUACCAGCAGACGGUAUCAUCAUCCAGAGUAAUGACCUCAAGGUGGAUGAAAGUUCCCUGACAGGCGAGUCUGACCAUGUGAAAAAAGGAGAAGAAAGAGAUCCAAUGUUACUUUCAGGCACUCAUGUGAUGGAGGGCAGUGGGAAGAUGCUGGUGACAGCAGUGGGCAUUGCCUCCCAGGCUGGCAUCAUCUUCUCUCUACUGGGGGCAACCCAUGAAGGGGACAGUAAGGAUAAAAAGAAAAAUAAAAACAAGGAUGGGGAUCAAGGAGCACCUCAUAACGUACCAUUAUUGUCUGGUGAUGAUCAAAAAAGCGACGUAGAAGCCAAUGCCAGCACAGGCAACUCCCACUUUAAGGCAGGCACUGCUAACGCUGACGGUGACAGAGACGUGGAGGCCCCGCCCCCAGGAGAGGAGGGGGAGCAGGGAGAGCAACAGAAGAAGGAGGGAGGGGGGCAAGGGUUUGGCAGGAAGGAAAAGUCCGUGCUGCAGGCCAAACUGAACAAGCUGGCCAUCCAGAUUGGCUAUGCUGGUACCAUCAUCGCAGUUUUGGUUGUGAUUGUGUUAAUAGUUAGGUUCUGUGUAGAGACGUACGCUGGGGAGAAUGCCCGCGCCUGGAACACCAAAGACUUGCAGUUUUUUGUCAAGUACUUCAUCCUGGGUGUCACAGUGCUGGUGGUGGCUGUCCCAGAGGGGCUGCCCCUGGCUGUUACACUAGCUCUGGCCUACUCUGUCAGGAAAAUGAUGCACGACAACAACUUAGUGCGGCACUUGGAUGCCUGUGAGACCAUGGGCAACGCUACUGCCAUCUGCUCUGAUAAAACUGGAACACUGACCACCAACAGAAUGACCGUUGUCCAGAGUUAUAUUGGAGAACAGCAUUACAAGAGCACUCCAGAGUUCAAGAGCCUCCCAGCACAGACGGGACAGUUACUGAUCAGAUGUGUCUCCAUCAACAGUGGCUACAGUACCAGGGUUAUUAAAUCUCCAACAGAGGACCUUCCGAAGCAGCUGGGUAACAAGACAGAGUGUGCUCUGCUGGGGUUUGUGAUGGAUCUGGGCCAGAGCUACCAGGCGAUACGAGAAGAAGUCCCAGAAGAGAGAUUCCACAGAGUGUAUACAUUCAACUCCAUGAGGAAGUCCAUGAGCACGGUCAUCCCUACGGAACACGGGUUCAGACUUUUCAAUAAAGGAGCCUCAGAAAUGGUGCUGAGGAGAUGUACUUUUAUUCUUGGAGCUGGAGGCAGGGUGCGACCAUUUUCUGCCCAUGAUGCAGAUAACUUGAUUAAAAGAGUGAUUGAACCAAUGGCAAUGGACGGCUUGAGAACUAUAGGAAUAGCUUAUAAGGACUUUGUCAAACACAACCCAGCCACCAAUGAGGUCCACUUUGACUCGGAGCCUAACUGGGACGACGAGGACAGCAUCGUGUCUGGAUUGACCUUGAUUGCAAUCACUGGGAUUGAGGAUCCUGUCAGACCAGAGGUUCCAGAGGCCAUACGGAAGUGUCAACGUGCCGGAAUCACGGUGCGUAUGGUGACAGGUGACAACAUUAACACAGCCAGGUCCAUAGCAACCAAGUGUGGAAUCAUCCACCCUGGUGAUGACUUCCUAGUCCUGGAGGGAGGAGAUUUCAACAAGCAGGUUAAGAAUGAUCAUGAUGAGGUUGUACAAGAAAACCUGGACAAGAUUUGGCCCAGACUCCGUGUUUUGGCCAGGUCUUCCCCAACAGAUAAGUAUGUACUAGUCAAGGGCAUCAUUGACAGUAAACUCAGUGCCAAUAGAGAGGUGGUGGCAGUGACGGGAGACGGUACCAACGACGGACCUGCACUGAAAAAAGCAGAUGUUGGAUUUGCUAUGGGUAUUGCUGGAACAGAUGUGGCUAAGGAAGCAUCUGAUAUCAUCCUUACAGAUGACAACUUUACCAGUAUAGUCAAGGCUGUGAUGUGGGGCAGAAAUGUCUAUGACAGUAUCGCCAAAUUCUUACAAUUCCAGUUGACUGUCAAUGUUGUAGCUGUAAUAGUGGCAUUCAUUGGUUCACUGACAGUGAGGGACAGUCCACUCAAGGCUAUUCAGAUGUUAUGGGUCAAUCUUAUUAUGGACACUCUUGCGUCUUUAGCCCUGGCAACAGAGAUGCCCACAGAGGAACUAUUGCAGCGUAAACCAUAUGGCAGGACGAAAGCUCUUAUUUCACGCACUAUGAUGAAAAAUAUCAUUGGUCAUUCUAUCUACCAACUUACUGUACUUUUUGUUAUUUUGUAUGCAG